AUGAGUUCCCAAUACAAUAAUCCCGAGGCUGGCAGUUCCACGCAACAGAAGGGCAGCAUUUCGAAUUUGACCAGGAACCUAUUAUCUUCGUCGCAGCAGCAGAUCGGAAAGCCACCGAGUCUGAAUGAGCUAUCGAUGCAGCCACAUCAAACUAGUGGCCAUCCAUCGAGUUAUAACACAUCGCAUGCAUCGUCAUUCAACAAAUUCAUACCUACGGAAGACGACCGGGGAAAUAACGAUCUGAAAGUUUCCCAGUCAAUUGAUUACCAUAACAGUUACAAUUAUAAUAAUCCUAAUAGUCAUUUCACCAACUUUUCGUACCCAAAUCAACCCAGUUUCAUAUAUCGCAACAAUGCCAACCUGCAAUACAUACCAUCAAACAAUGAUUCGGUCAACUACAUACCUUCGGGUCACAACACACCCACAGCUGUCAGCAGUUCAUAUUCUUCAAUUAACUCGUAUACUCCAGCGAUGCCAGGUGGUAACUCGUUUGGUGUCCAAACACAACCCCAGCAUAAUUCUGCUGCUCAAAGCCUCAGACCUGCUGGGCUCAUCUCAACCGGGCAACCAACUACAAAUAUUUCAAUUGAGUCUGUAAACACAGCAAACCAAUCGCUUAGCUCCAGCUCGAUCAAUAGCUCAAGAAUUCCGCAGCCAGGCACAUCGACAAAUUCUAAUUAUGGUUUUGAUGGUUCUAAAUCUUUUCAGUAUCAGCCUCAACUGCAUACGAACUCAUAUGCUCCAAAUCCAUCACAGUCAAUGCCUACUAAUAUAAAUAAGGUUCCAGCUCAAAAUCAGGAGUUUCAAUCACAGCAGCUGCAAUUAAAUUCUUACAAUAAUCAGCAGUCACAUUUUUUUCAGGAACCUGAUCAUUAUAUGACGUACAAGGAAUUUUUACAAAAUUUGACAAGCGAAUCUUCUGAAGAUGAUGAUGAUGAACAUUUGGACAUCGUUGACUAUCCUGUUAAUGAUUUAAUACUAAUGUUAUCAUGUUUAUUGACUAAAAUAAUUGAAGCUAAUGAUAAAUUACACCCUAACCAUUUCGAUAAUACAAUCGCAGUUCGCCAGAAAAUGAAGGAAGAAAAGAAGAACAAAAAGUUAGAAAAAUUAAAACAAAAGCAAGCUUCAAUUGAUUCAAAUAUCGAUCCAGACGAUUUAAGUAAUGAUGACUACGAAGAUGAUGAUGAAGAUGAUGAUGAUGAAAUGAAAAAUAAGUAUUUAGCUAAUGUAUUAGCAUUUCAUGGUACAAACGUUCCUGGUAUAUCUUUGCAUGCUUACUUGGCGAGAGUAUUGAAAUACUGCCCUGUAACUAAUGAAGUUUUUUUGUCAUUGUUGGUGUAUUUUGAUCGCAUUGCAAAGAAAGCAAAUAACCUCAAACAAUUCAAGAGCAAUGAUGGCGAGCAAGAUCAAGAGCAAGAGCCGGAGCAGCUAUUCGUCAUGGACUCUUAUAAUAUCCAUAGGCUAAUUAUAUCUGGUAUCACAGUUUCAUCAAAGUUUUUCUCAGAUAUAUUUUAUAAAAAUUUAAGAUAUGCAAAGGUUGGAGGUUUACCUUUAGAAGAAUUAAAUUAUCUUGAAUUACAGUUCUUAUUGUUGUUAGAUUUUAAGUUGAUGAUUUCGGUAGAAGAUUUGCAAAAUUAUGGCGAUUUACUACUAAGAUUUUGGAAACGAGAACAAGUUACUAAUGAGCUUGUAAAUGGUCCACAAAGCCCUAGUCAGAUGAAUGGAUAG